AUGGCUUCAACAAAGUUGCCUUCAGGUGCAAGCAAGAAGUUCAAACCUAUAGAUGAAGAACUCAUUCAAGAUUUUCUCCGUAACAAAAUCAGUGGGAGGCCUCUACCAAACUAUGGAACCAUUCUUGAAGGUGAAUUCUUGCGGAUGGUUCGCACCAUCGGGUUGGAUUCUUGGGAAGGUGAAGACAUCGGAAAAGAGAUUAUGGCCAAUAAAACUAACCAGCGCAUUGGAACGAGGAAACAAUAUCGCUUUGAGAAGAGUGGUACUAGCCACGAUGGUGGAUGGAUCUUGCAUCAAUAUACCAUUGAUUCUUCUUUGUUACCGAAUCCAUCCAAUAUGAAUAAUUAUGUUUUAUGCAGAUUUAGAAAGAAUAACAUUAAACCUCGUCAAAAGAGAAGGAAACCUGUGGCUCCUGAAACUGUGGCUACUGUAAUACCGAACGCCAAUGAUUAUGCUGAGAUAGUAGAAUUUGUUAAUCAAUCAGAGAAUGGAGAUGAAAAGAUGGAGAUUCAAAAUGAAUCAGCAGAAUUUGUUAAUCAAUUAGAAAAUGGAGAUGAAAGUAUGGAGAUUCAAAAUAAAUCAGCAAACCCAUCAAACAAUAAUGGAAAUAAAAAGAUUGAUGAGAUUCAGAAAGAACUAACAAAUCAAUUAGAGAAUAAUAAGGAUGAAAUAAAAGUUGAGGCUUUGGCUACUACUAUUGGAAUUGAGGCAAAGUGUGACGAAAUGGAAGAUGGUGAUGAUGAUGGUGAUGGUGAUGAUGAUGAAGAUCACAAUGAUAUGACAUGGCCAGAGUUUUUUGCAAUGCAAUUGAUAGAAGUUAACAAAGAUUGA